AGGGGGCGGGGGCCCAUGUGACCGGCUCAGACCGGUUCUGGAGACAAAAGGGGCUGGGGCGGGCGGGAGGAGCCCGAGUCUCCGGGACGGUGGGACGGGCAGGGGUUCGGGCAGCGGCGGGAGCGGAGCCCAGAGCAAACAGCGAGCGAACGAGCGAGCGCGCGAAGAGCCGGGCCCGGGGCCGAGAUGCAGCUCCGAAACUUCCUUGUGCUCGCCCUCAUGGCCCUCCUGGCCCUCCCCUCCGAGGCCGCCAAGAACAAGAAAGACAAGGGGAAGAAGGGCAGCUCCGAGUGCGAGGACUGGAACUGGGGGCCCUGCACCCCCAGCAGCAAGGACUGCGGCAUCGGCUUCCGCGAGGGCAGCUGCGGGGGCGAGAGCCGCCGCCUCAAGUGUAAGGUCCCCUGCAACUGGAAGAAGGAGUUCGGAGCCGACUGCAAGUACAAGUUUGAGAGCUGGGGCGCCUGCGACGGCAGCACGGGCACCAAGACGCGCCAGGGCACCCUGAAGAAGGCGCUCUACAACGCCCAGUGCCAGGAGGCCAUCCGGGUGACCAAGCCCUGCGCCCUCAAGGCCAAGGCCAAGAUCAGAGCCAAGAAAGGGAAGGGGAAGGACUAGCCCUGGACGCCGCCGCCGCCGCCCUGCCGCUCGCCGAGGGGCGCCCGGGGAUGGGGGGGGCUCCCCCGCCUCCUCCCCGCCCCCCACGUCCUUCCUCCACACCAGGUGCCUUGCUCUGCCCGCCCGCCGCCCCUCCCGCAGGUUCGAGCCAUUACCUGAACUAAAAGACAAAUAAAUAAAGCCUUUUUUCCAAUAAAA